AUGCCACCACCCAAGAAGAGAGCAACCUUGGAUCCCACGCCUGAUGCAAAUUGGACGAGGGAGGUGCCGCUCAACUACACCUCAUUUAAGGUCCCUCCCAUGAUAAAUGCGAAGAAUGUGACGGCAACAUACCUGAAGACAGACGCGCAAACAUGGAUCGCACGAGCAGCCUCGCAAAUAGGCCUUUCCGGGCCGCAAAAGGAUGCAGCAGGAGCGCCAAAGAAGCGCAAGAAGGGCAAGUCAACGGUCGCUGCUGCUGCGGAGAGCGAGGAAGAGGAGGAGGAUGAAGAUGAGGAGGAGGGAAAGAUGGCUGCGUCCAACACCAUUGUCAUACAUCCUGGCUCGCACACCCUGCGAAUAGGUAGGGCAACUGACCUCAGCCCCCUCAGCUAUCCUUUCGUGCUGGCCCGACGGGCUGCACGUACUCUCAACGCGUCUAAUGAAGCUCACAUGCCGACAGACAAUCCAGAAAGUGCGGAGCAACAAGCCGAACGAAAUGACAAACCCUCUGCUGCGGAGCCAGGAGCGGCUCCGUCGCAAGCGGCUGUGCGAGCCAAUGGCGAUGGCAGUACGGCAAAGCCCGAUGAGGAAGAAGACGAAGAAGACGAGGAAGCAACGAGCGACACACUCUCCCCCAAGAUCGAGGUGUUGCGACAAGAUUUGAGAGUCAUAAUGCGCUCCAUGAAGCUGCGCCCCGUGUCCAAUGGGCGCCAACUAGCGAUGGGCUAUAACGAGACGGCUGAGCCAGAGCGGGUGCCAGACCACAGCGACGUAUAUUCCUUCGAAUGGACCCAGCCGAGCGCCAACGAAGAGAUUCUCAUCGGGGACCAGGCGCUUCGCAUGGCCUGCUUCUCCAUCGCCGAAGGGGACAAAGACAUGAAUGCUUCGUCCUCCCGACCGUGGAAGCUUUUCCGUCCGUUCAAGCGGGGCAUGCUGAAUGUCGAUGAGUACGUCGAGCACUACGGCACGACAUCUGCUGACUCGGUGUUGCUUGGAGACUUUCAAAAAUUCCUCGAAAUGGUCCUCGAGGCGCCUGAGCUGAAAGACGUGGCCGACGAACACACCGGCUUGACCGGUCUCGGCAUCCCGCGCAGCGAGUGGUCAUCGCUCAACAUCGUGCUCGUCGUCCCGGACCUUCUUUCCCGCUUUCAUGUGAGAACCCUCACACAUCUCUUCCUCUCCACUAUGGGCUUUGCCGGCAUCUGCCUGCAGAGUGAAGGUGUUGCCGCCACCUUUGGCGCAGGGCUGUCCAGCGCGUGCGUGGUCGACCUCGGUGCGGAAACGAUCAACAUCUCCUGCGUGGAGGAUGGGUUGGUCGUGCCCGAGUCACGCAUCGAGCUGUGUUUUGGCGGUAACGAUAUCUCCACAUUCUUUGCUGAGCUGUUACACCGUGGGAAGGUACCCUACACCGCGCUCAACAUCAACAAGCGCAUUGUCGACCUGCAGAUUAUUGAAGACAUCAAAGAGCGCGCCUUGACCCUGCAUCCGUCGGACAUUGGCUUGAAUUUCUGGGAUUUCCAGGUGCGGCUGCCCAACAAGCUGACUGACAAAUACAAGUUCCGGAUGUACGAUGAGCCGAUCGUGGGGCCCUUGAUGCUCUUUGCGCCGCGUGUUGUCGACUUUGACGCCAAGAAAGGGCCCAGGACGCCGCGCAGGACGCUCUCGCUGGCAGCCAAGAUGGCGGAGGACGUUGAGGACCCGGGCGAGCCUGCGCAUGAGGAUAUCUCAGAGACCGUCACGAUGUUCAAGACCAUCGAGCACCUCAUCCCACAUGCUAUGAUGCAGGCACAGCAAGCGGGGGAAGCUCCGAAUCGGCAAGCCGCGGUCCCAGAUGCUAAUGGCGUGCGCGAUUCUCCUACGGCUGCAGCUGUGGCUAGUGGGUCGAACGCGGGCAAUACGGCGACAGGAACGUCACAGCCUGAAGGUGCCAACAUGAGUAAUGCUGUUGCUACUGCCGCUGCCGUCACGGCCACAGCGGCAGCAGGAGCAGCAGGCGAGGGGACCGGUGGCGCGGGCACUCCAGCGCCCGGCCCUCCGCCAGCACCAGCCUCGCUGACCCCCGCGCAACUGGGUAUCGACGUGCACUGGGAGUCUUCUAAGACGCCGCUAGAUGUCGCGGUGUGGGCCAGCAUCCUGGGCUCGACGAAUGUGCUGAUCGGUAUUCAGUCUACCGAGGAGAGGAUCAGGCGGAUGAGCCAGAACAUCCUCUGCGUAGGCGGAAGCGCGCUGAUCCCCGGUCUGGCGGCUGCACUGGAAGCGAGAGCGUCGGUGAGGAGCGCCUUGCUAAACCACAUCGUCAUAUCGUUUGAUCAAUCGCAGACGCUGUUCAUAUCUGGCAACGUACCCAUUGCGACGACCAUCCCUCCUCCGCGCGAUAUGGACCCGCGCAUCGUCUGCUGGAAGGGGAGCGCAGUCAUGUCGCGCCUGGCCAGCGCGGGAGAUUUCCUUGUCCGCAAGCAGGAUUGGGAGAUGCUCAACUGGAGGGCUGUGCGCGAGAAGACGUGA